AUGCAUAUCUUGCUGGCGAUAGAGAAUGCCGCGACAUCGAUCCCAUACCCAGGACGACUACACCCGACAGCGGCUACAUCUCAGAGCUUGAAGAACCUGCAAAGCCAUUCGUGGGUGUCGAUCGUGGUUCUGACGUUUGAGCCCACGAAUGCUCCGCGUAUAUUCGCAUUCGUGGUGGCCGUCAACGAAUACCACUCUCCGAGUGUCCCUAACUUGUCGGGAUGCAUCAACGACGCUCAGGAUUUCAUGGACUACUUGAAACAUGUCCUCGACGUACCGACGCCUAGGAUUUCGAAACUGAUCAACGGAGAGGCCACCCGUUCCGCUAUUAUCAACGAGUUCAAGGCCCACUUCUGGAACAAUCCGGACAUUCACCACGGCGAUGCUCUCAUCUUCUUCUUCUCCGGGCAUGGCAGUUAUGCUCGUGCACCAGAGCACUGGCCUGCCCAGAAUGAUCUGAUAGAGCUCAUUUGCCCGUACGACUACAUGGACGAGGACAAGAACGAUGACAAGUACGGGAUAUCUGACCGAACGCUUGACGGGCUUAUGCGGAUAUUGGCGGACCGCAAGGGUGACAACAUCACGGCUAUCCUCGACUGUUGCCACUCUGGAGGGAUGGCAAGGGAGCUAGAUCCCCGGGCCGCGAGGGCAGACCUCUCUGUGCCAGGAGAUAUGGGGCCAUCACACAUCGGACCGAGCUGUAUCUUGGGAAGUCCCAUCAGCAUACAAGGCGACGCAUCAUACAUCUUGUUGGCUGCGUGUCGCGCCACUGAGAAAGCCAAGGAAAUGCGUUGCUCGUACGAUUCACCUGGAGCCGGGAUGCCAGAGAACGUCCGCGGUGUAUUUUCCGCCAACCUGAUCCAGACACUACGCACCAUGGGGAGGGAGCGGUUAGAGGCGCUCACGUAUGCGCGUUUGAUGGACGAUCUUCCGCGUCGCGCGAUCCACUCACUCCCUUCGCUCCUUGAGCAACAUCCGCAGUGCGAUGGCACCCACAGUGAUAGGGUGCUCUUCAGCACGCGUCGACUUCCCGAUGCCCCCGAUUCAUUCAUCCUGAUCAGACAUGGGGACACUUGGCACGUGCGAGCCGGGACAAUUCAUGGGAUUACCAAGGGGACGCAGUUCGCUUUACCUCCACCACUUUCGGGUAUACAAGCAAAAGGUGGAGUGAUAUUCGAGGCGGAGAAUGUGUGGCCAACGACAUGCGAGGUGCCGUGCCGCUCGGCCGGUGUAGAGUUCGACUCCUCGAUCCCUCAACGAGUGGUCGUCACACACUGGAACCAGCCAAUUUCGCUCGCCACGCGCGUGUAUGUCCGUCGCACCCCCGGGGACGAUGGUCUUGCUAUCAAUACCAGGGCGCUCUAUCGAGUGACGCAUGACGAGGACGCCUUCGACCUAACACUAGAUGCCAUUCCGGGUGGUUGGCGUAUCGAGAGGUUCGAUCCACUCGUCACACGUUUCUUCGGCAGCAGGCGCGUUUUGGAGGUUGCUGGCAGGUCGUCGGCGCAUGCAACAGGCGUUCUGGACGCGAUUUCCCGUUUCAACUUCCACCUAUAUCGGUCCAAUGUGGACGUUGCGGUUGACAAGGAACUCCGCCUAACCGUCCAAAUGCACGCUCUGGAGGAAAUGGUGGAGACGGUCUGCGAGGCAUGGGAGCAGUCUCACAGUCGUCUCGGCCGAGGAGAAGAGGUCGUCCUUCGCACUGUGCAGGGCAUGACAUCGCUCUACUGCCACAAAACCGAUGCUAGUCGCUGCUCGGGGAAUAUUGAUGGCCAAAAGUGGGCCGAUCCUCGUCACUUCCAUAUCCCAAAGCCUGUGGAGGAGGCCAUGAUAACGAACUUUGAUCGCCAAUACGGCUUCACGCUGGUCAACAAUUCGAGCAUCGAUCUCUUUCCAUACGUGUACUUCUUUGAUCCGAGUACUUACGCUGUCAAGGUGUGUGUCCUGAGCGCUGAGCUCUUUGGAGUUAUAUUGUUCAUUGACAUCCCUGCACAGGAGCUGUUUUCACCUCGAUGGGGCACCUGUGAAGCACCUCUUCCAGUCAAAGGCCACAUUUGUAUUGGCUAUGGCGGAUUUGGUACCAACCCUCUACGAUUCACGCGGCCGGAAACCCAUUCUGAUAACGCAGUGGGCUUCCUCAAGAUAUUCGUCUCCACGUGCUACGUCGAGCUGAACAUCGAGCAGCCACCCCUAUUCGACCCACCGGAAAAGGCGGUGCAUCUAGGCCACAUUCCUAUGUGUGAUCCACCGGCCAGGGCAGCACAUCUUGGCCACAUUCCUAUGCAGGACAACUGGAAUUCGUGGACCUACGUCUUGACGUCACAGGCGACAAAAGACCUAUGA